CCUCCACCUGACUCACGCGAGCUACUGCCACCACUUGUAGCAUGUUUACCAACAGCCUUCAUGGCACCACGCCCUCCUCCGGCUCUCAUGCCCAUCCUGGCACCGACAUUGCGGCAGAGAGUCAACUUCAUGAGCGAUAGCGCCGAAGGCUGGUUACCGCUUUUGUCCUGGGACGAGGAAAGAGCCGCCAGGUUACCAGACGUUGUCGAGAGGAUGCAGCUCGAAGCACAUCCUGUAUCCGGCGAGCUUGAUCUUGGAGACGUACGUCCCGCCAAGUACAGACGGCUAGACGACGAAACCUUGCACUCCAGGCUGGACGUGGAUCAGUAUGAACUCUCGCCUCUAUUCGUAUGGUGCGAGAACGAUGAGCACGGCGAGACAGGAGCAGGAUGGAAGCUCACCGAGCUCCGAAGUCUUGAAGACGCUGAGGACGGAGCACCAUGGUUUGACUCGGUACUGGAAGCAAACGAUGCUGCUUCGACCCACACAAUACCCGUACCGCAGAACAACGGCCACACGAGCAGUCACGCAGCCUUCUCGAUACCUGCCGACGAGGAAGACGAAGACGACGGCAGCUACUGGGCAGCAUACGACCGCACACCGGGCCGCACACCAGCCCAGAAGCACUCCCCUGCUCCGCCAGCAAGCACAUCUCUACAGAGCGGCAACCGCCAACGAUCACAAUCCGAACUAGAAUACUUCGCUCGCUAUGGCGGCGUGCAACCAGCAAUGGACGGCCACGACCCAGACGAAGAAACUCCAGACACAGCAGCACCAGCACCAGCAUUAGCACCAGCGCCAGUCUCGCUACGACCCGACAACCCACCUCCACAACGCACAUACGUCCCACUAGGUCUCGAAACGAACAAUCUCGCGCCUGAUAAGGCGCACGACUCCGUGCUCGCAAGCGCAAAUGCACAAUACAUGCGCGACGGGCCCGCGGGCGACCUCUCCAUGCCGCGGCCUAUUUCGCCUACCUCCUCCCAAGGCAGCGUCGAGAGGCUGGAAGAGCAAGCAGAGGUCAUCGUAGUUACGGAUCGCGCACAGUUGGGCAUAAAGCAGCAUAUCAGCACGGAUAUCAAGAGUUUGUUUCGGUUGGCGAAGAGCGCUGGGAUGGAACGGUCGGACUUUGAUGAGUUUAUCAGAAGAGAGCUGGACGUGUUAUGUCUCCUUGAAGCGGAUGAGUAA